AGAGAGAGAGAGAGAGAGAGAGGGUAUCGGGAGAGAAAAAAUGAAGAGAGGGAAAGAGGAGAAGGUAAUGGGACCCAUGUUUCCAAGGCUUCAUGUGAAGGACACGGAUAAAGGAGGGCCAAGAGCACCUCCGAGGAACAAGAUGGCGCUUUAUGAACAGCUUAGUGUCCCUUCUAAUAAUAGCCAGGGCAAUGCAAAUGAAAGGGGCAUCUUUCCCUUUUAUCAUAUGCAUACACAAAUUCAAUCUGAGAAGCAAAACAACCAUUAUCCCGAUUCGGGCGCUCAAUCGAAUCAAAUCGAACAAAGAAAGAAAUUGGAAAAUGAUGAAUUUGCAGUUCCGGCCUUCGUCCGUUCUGUCCCGAAUCAAGAACAUCGUGAAUAUACGAACCAAUUAAGAAAAUGUCAAAAAUCUGAAAGGCAAUUGAAUUCAGAAGAGUUGUUGACUCCAUCAGCAGUCGAAAAGGCUGAAUCUUUGAAGAAAAAAACUGAUAGUUCUGGCAAAUUGAAUACUAAUAACGGUGUGGAGUACAAGCCCGACAGCGAAAGGUGCAAUCCCUCUGUAUUGGAUAGGAAUAUCAUGACACUGGAUAGAAGACGUGAUUCUACCUCUGUCAUGGAUUUUCCAUCUGAGGAUCAGAAUAUUUUGCACGAUAUCAGUAAUAAAACAGAAUUUCAAGACAGGUGUAGAUCACAGCAGAUGAUGACAGAUUUAGACAGAUUUGACAGUUUGUCUGAAAAUUCUGUGGUGGAUUCAGUUUCCCCACUCGAUGUAACGCCCGAUGAUGUGGUAGGAGUAAUAGGUCAAAAACAAUUCUGGAAAGCAAGAAGAGAAAUAGCCAACCAACAAAGAAUUUUUGCCGUUCAAGUGUUUGAAUUACAUCGACUGAUAACGGUCCAGAGACUGAUAUCCGCAUCACCACAGAUUUUGCUCGAUGACUCAGCUUAUUUCCCCAAACCAAUCAAAUUAGCUUCUCCUGGUAAACGAAAACUGCUAAAUAAUCCCUUGAAAGAAAACCCGCACGUAGGCAAGCCAAAAGGCGGACCCGAGAAAAAGCCCGUUCACGAGACAAAAACCGGCUUCGAAAAUGCUACCACUGAGAAGAAAGCGAUUUCUUCUGCUUCCUUUCACAAUGGGUUACAGCCUCCAAGCAAUUCCGGGCCUUGGAGUUUCAGUCCUCAGUUGCUCGGUAACCAGUGGUUAAUUCCUGUGAUGUCCCCUUCAGAAGGGCUGGUUUACAAGCCAUACCCUGGGUCCGGAUUCAUGGGCUCAGCCUACGGAGUGUUUGGGCCGCCCGGGUUGAUGGGCCCACAAUUUUCUUGUUUUCCUCCGCCGGGCCCACAUGGCUAUUUCCCACCAUAUGGGAUGCCGUUUUCAUAUGGGCCUGAAUUCUCGGGCCAGAAACAAGAUGAUGUCAGCAAUGUUACGGGCAAUUUGAAUGCGGCAACUGAAGAUUUCGAAACACAAGCUAGCAUUGCGAGUAGUCCUGUUGAGAAUAAUGAAGGAAAAAAUCCUUUGGAGGAGAGGAACGAGCUUCCACUUUUCCCCAUGUCCACGGGCCCGAAACCCGGCCCACGGCCUCCCGAGCCCAAGGGUCCGAAUCGGGUGAUUAAGGUCAUGCCUCAUAAUGCCAGGUCUGCAAGUGAAUCUGCUGCUAGGAUUUUUCGGGCGAUACAAGAAGGAAGAGAAAAACAAAAAUGAUGUCUUGAGCCCUUUGAAAAUCUUGUUGGAUUUACAUUUACUGACCUUACCCUGCUGAAGUUCUGUAGAUAUGGUGUUUGAUUGAUCCAGUGUGCAUGACAGUGAUAGUUAUAGGUUUGGUUUGGUUUUUACGGUACUUUCUGCAUUUGAAAUUUUUGUUAGCCACACAUUUUGAGUUUGUAUCUGUCUCUCUGUUUUUCCUUUUUGUUUUUCCAGAUAGAAUAAAGUGUAAUCUAGUCGUAGCUCAUACGUGACUGGUAAAGAUGGAUCGUGUUAAAGAUGUUGACAUUGUUUGUUGCUGGAUUGUAGUAUUUCUUUUUCGCUUUUUUUUUUUUCU